AUGAGGAAGGAAGGGGAGGUGCUGCAGAGUGGCGCGGAAACGGACAAGCCAGCCACCUUGGAGAGACAUGCCUCCGACAGCACAGGUCAGCCGCAGAAUGCCAGGAGCGACGCAUCGCGUGGCACAAAGAGGUCCCUAGAGGUGAAGCCUGCGGGAGCAGACUCUCAGGCCAAGGGGGGGCGCGGUCAGACCAGCCAGGGAGUUGCAUCGAAGCAACGUGGGAAGGACACAGCUGCUGACAAGCCUCAAAGCGGAUUCGGCAUGAGCCCAGAUGCAUGCAUGCAGCCAAGCGCGGCUGUGAAUGCUCAGCAUGCCCCAGAGUAUGUCUCGGGGGUGGAUGCGAAGCAAGAGGAGGGCGAUGCAGAGGAGUUCAUUGCCAGGGGAGUUGUGCGGAGCUUCUGCCGGGAGUGCGUGGAGGCGGAGCUGGUGGGCAGCUUGGGCGGCAACAUCUGCCCGGCAUGUGCCCAAGAGGGUGAGCGCACGCUGCUGGGCGCCAACCCCUUCGCGCACCACCGCCUGCAGCCGGACUUUGUGCUGGAGGCGCUUGUGCGCAAGAUCUUCCCCCGGCACAUCCUCGAGGACUAUGAAAAGCGUCGGCCCAAGUAUGUGGCGCAGCGGAUUGGUCAGCUCUCGACGGAGGCGGGUGCAAGGCCCAGCCGCGCGCGAGGGCAGCAGAUGCCCCCUGCCGAUGUGGUGCCUCUGUUCCUGCACCAAAAGGGCAAAGGCGAAGGGAACGGGGAUGGCAAGCAGCUGGACAUGCCAUAUCUGCGAGUGCCCAAGGCGCUGCCUGUGGCUAUCCUGGCCAAGUAUGUGGCGCAGCGGGUCUCCGAGCCGGCAGGAGCGCGGAUCCAGCUCUUCUAUAAGGACACAGAGCUGUCAGAAGCCCAGACGGUGCGAUAA